GGAGCUGUCCCAUCCUUAAUGGUGCUGAACCCGCCGCGAGAAAAGAACCAUCGAGUCGAAUGGAUUUCAAAAGCACAGAGACAACGGCCACAUCAACCACUUCCCUCCGGUUUCGCUGCUCCUGUCGACCCAAAGGCAUGACAACAACCGUUUUGGGGUGAAUUAAAGCACUGUUAUGUCGUUAAAAUAUGUGGAUUACCCGCUUGUAAAGAGGAUGCUCCGUGUGAGAGAAAAUGACGGUAGGAGGCUAGGCUCUGUGGAAGCGAAGCCUAGGGCAUGUUCGUGACAUCCCUAAAUGAUCUUGUAGGCUUUUGUUGUGGGAAUAGCCUCAACCUCCUCAGACAGACCGUUGAAUUGACAGGCGACGAACGCAAACUACCGUGGAAACUAUAUUCGACUGCAGCCGAGGACAUAACCUUUAAAGCAUCCAUCAGGAUAGAGUAUAGAGAAAGGACGAUUUAAACAGGGCUCGACUGGUCAACGGGGUGGGGGGUGGCGGUUAUAUCAAGGACCACUGGCCACAUAGCGACUGUUAUUACAACAUGUAAUGGGACAUUGUUGGUAGAAGGCCCGUAAAGAAACAAAACUGUUGGAUUAAUGGAACCAGAUAGGCUACAACACAGGAUUGAUAAAGGGCAACGGGAGAGUAGGCUAGAUAAUAAGAAUGAAAAGAUCGCAAUAGUAUAGUCUUGUUCCCAAGAUUCGGUUUGUGAUGCCGUUGGAAUGAAAUGGGAAGAUGCCCAGCUAUGUGCCUGCCCGUUUUCUCUAAGGUAUAUGAGACAUGUAAGUCUAUUUGUUUAAUAUGUAGUCAGGGUUUUCCUGUAACCUGAGCAAUUACUUAGUUACAGGCAAGGCUAGUGCACGAUAGGGUUAUCUGACAAGGCUGAGAAAUGAUGUGUGGUGGUGCGCGCACACCAACUCAUUCGAUUUAUUCCGGCUGAUUCGAGUUUAGAAUUCAGAGCUAAAUUGAAAAUAGCUGUUGAGAGAAAGAAUGUCAUUCAACCCAACUGGAAAAGACACAACAGAGGAGACUCCUCUUUCCGAUCAUCCUCAACGAAAUAACAGUAAGCUUUUCCUUUUCUCUUCAUGUGCUCUGCACGUUUCUGAAUAGAAAUCUACAUCUGUAUCCUCCUAUAGAAACAGACACAUGUUGUUGUCUCUCGGGGUGGUUGUAUGGUGCUGGGGAUUGUUGAGCCGGAGACCGAUGCUGCUCCGCCGCCAGGGCAUGUCCAAAGGCCGCUGUUGCGUUUUGUUCAGUGACCUGAAGGUUUUCUUACUCAGACCGCCGGUCCCGGCUCCGCCACCGGUGAUCAUCCCCAUGAACGGACAAUAUACGGACAGCAAUGGGUCCGGCAUCGGCAUUGAUGUUGCCAUCGACAACAGCAACUCUGCAGCGAGUGCACCUUCACCAGAGGCGGAUGGUUAUGCUACCCCUGGCCCCCCGACAGGAGAGCCUCCUUCUGCAGGGACAAACGAGCCUAAAGCGACAGAGGAAUGGCAGCAUGCUACGGGACAGACUGGACCCCUGGACUAUGGCAGCUCAGAGGAGGACUGCUCCAAAGAGAAGUGGGAGGAGAGAUUCUCCCAGAACAGUCGCACAGACAGUGGUGUUAGGACUCCCCAGUGCAGGAUAUGUUUCCAAGGUCCAGAACAGGGGGAGCUGCUGAGCCCGUGUCGCUGCAGUGGGUCUGUCCGCUGCACCCAUGAGCCCUGCCUCAUCAAGUGGAUCAGUGAGAGGGGCUCCUGGAGCUGUGAGCUCUGCUACUACAAGUACCACGUGGUAGCCAUCAGCACCAAUAACCCGCUCCAGUGGCAGGCCAUCUCUCUGACAGUGAUAGAGAAGGUCCAGAUAGCAGCGGCCGUGUUGGGCAGCCUGUUCCUCAUGUCCUCUAUCUCCUGGCUGGUGUGGUCGUCCCUCAGCCCCUCGGCCAAGUGGCAGCGCCAGGACCUGCUCUUCCAGAUCUGCUACGCCAUGUACGGAUUCAUGGACCUCGUCUGCAUCGCGCUGAUCGUCCAUGAAGGCCCCUCAGUGUUCCGGAUCUUUAACCGCUGGCAGGCAGUGAACCAGCAGUGGAAGGUGCUCAACUACGACAAGAUCAGAGACACUGAGGACCACCAGAGAUCCAGGCUGACGCCCAGGCACCUGGCCCUGCCCAACCCCAGGACGAGUGCUCCUCCCGGGGCAGAGCCGGGGGAUGAAAUGGUCUCCCCCUCCACCUCCUCCCUCAUGGCCGCGGUGGCCGCCUCCGCGCCUGGCUACACCGUGACCACAGCCGCAACCGCCAGCCUGACGACGGUGACAACGCAGGACUCAAUGUCGGAGCAGGGGCCACCAUCCCUGCCAGACCACCACUGUGCGUACAACAUCCUCCACCUGCUCACCCAGCACCUCUGGACAACGCAGCAGGAGCACCGCCCCACUCAAGUCCAUCCCCAGCCUCCGCAGCCCAGCAACAGCAGCCGGGAGCUGGUCAUGAGAGUCACUACGGUCUGAGGCUUCAACUGAGGCCUAACUUUGUUAUGUUACAACAACGAGAGAGACCGACAUAAGAGAGAGAGGGGUGUGUGGCCUCGUUUUGGGAGUUUGAAUGGAGGACUGGGAGACGUUGCUGCUGCUUCACAGAGAUUUACAUGAAGUUACUCAAUGCUGCCUGGGACAGAAAGAUGAAGGAGCGAGGGAUAGAGUGUGGGUGAGGGAUAGAGUGUGGGUGAGGGAUAGAGUGUGGGUGAAGGAUAGAGUGUGGGUGAGGGAUAGAGUGUGGGUGAGGGAUAGAGUGUGG